AUGGGUCAGGCUGCCUCAGUGAACAAGGACGCGGUCCUGGCGGUCGCAAAGCAACCUGUGAACUACACGCUUCCUCUGGGUCCCGUGAACCCCGAGAACCCCCUGGUGUUCUUUGACAUCAAGCUGGGCCGCUAUGGCGACUCCACCCCCCUGGGACGCAUCGUGAUGGAGCUCAAGGCCGACGUGGUGCCCAAGACGGCCGAGAACUUCCGCCAGCUGGCAGUGUCCACCACGCCCGGCGCCGGCUACAAGGGCAGCCGUUUCCACCGCGUGAUCCCGGCGUUCAUGUGCCAGGGCGGGGACUUCACCAAUGACAACGGCACCGGCGGCAGGUCCAUCUACGGGGCGCGCUUCCCUGAUGAGAACUUUGUCCUCACGCACCGUGGCCCCGGUGUGCUGUCCAUGGCCAACGCCGGCCCCAACACCAACGGGUCGCAGUUCUUCCUCUGCACCUCCACAACCACCUGGUGCGCUGCGCAGCGCCACCCCGCGCGCAUCAGUCAGUGA